AUGCUAUUUUGUUGAAAAGUCAAAAGUUUUGGUCGCACGUGCAUUUGACAACUGAUUUUACUGAGUCGCGUUUUGUUUAUUUUCUUAUUUCGAUCGCAUUCACAAGUUUCAAAAUGGGAAAAAAGCGUAAGUUUGAGGUUGAACAAAAGGAGACCAAUGAAUUUGGUUUGCACGCGAAAUUUUUGGCCACUAGUCACAUUCGAUCGCAAGAAAAGCGGUUAAUUGUCGUUUUAGAAGGGGCACAAUUGGAAACAGUUAAGGUUGGAAAUACUUUUGAACUACUAAAUUGCGACGAUCACAUCAAUAUUAUGCGAAGGAACCACAAAGACCCGGCAACCGUUCGUCCGGAUAUUACUCAUCAGUCGUUGUUGAUGUUAUUUGAUUCGCCGUUGAAUCGUGCCGGUUUAUUACAGGUGUACAUUCAUACACACAAAAAUGUACUAAUCGAAAUUAAUCCACAAACUCGAAUUCCACGUACUUUCAAACGAUUUGGCGGACUUAUGGUGCAAUUACUACACAAAAUGAGUGUACGGGCCGCCGAUACAACAGUCAAAUUGAUGAAAGUAAUAAAGAAUCCCAUCACAGACCAUUUACCCGUCGGAUGUAAAAAAUAUGUUAUGUCAUAUACUGGAACACUCGUGAAGAACCCACGUGAACUUGUGCCCAAAAACGAUGACGAACCAAUUGCUUUGGUUAUUGGUGCAUUUGCUCAUGGAAAUGUUGACGUUGACUACACCGAAGGUUCAUUUUCGAUCAGCAAUUAUCCGUUGUCCGCCGCUUUGGCUUGCUCAAAACUGUGUAAUGCAUUUGAGGAAGUAUGGAAUGUGGUUUAAAUUUAGUAAUAAAAUUAAAUAAUCCUUUCGAAAAUCAAA